UCAGAUGGAGCGCACGUUAGCUUUCCUCCUCGUUCGCUCCUUGGCUGUGGCAGCAGCGACAGCAGUUUCCAGUUUCGUGGUUCCAAAAGAGAACUAAGUUUAAGUCCCCGCCGAAUCGGGGAAAUAACUUGUCGAUCAUUUUACUGCUAAUUUAUUGGCAAAUAAACAAUACGGUCAAGUGCGGAAAAUAACUUAAUCAAUAAAAAGAGACUACGAAGUGCAUUUAAGAAAAAGCAUUUGCCGUUGUCAUGCCUCAUCAUCAUCAAACGAACAGCCAGACCAACUUGACAUUUCUAAAAUCGAAUUACAAAUUCAAGCGCAGAGAGAUGGGGAUCCGCGGACUUCCUGCCACGUCAGCGGAAGCGCGUACAGUGGCUAACCAAUUAACGCCAGCAAUGUCGCAGACGUCAGCAUCAGCAACAUCAACUAAAGUGGCAACAUCUGAGGGAACAGCGGCUGAACAAUUGGCGACAGCAGCAACUAGCCGCGAAUGUAGAACAAUUCUAAGUUUAUUUAUAGUAAACGCAUGGAGCUUUUUGCAAGAAUUGGCCAAUUGCUGGUGUACCCUGGAUGACGAUCACUGGGCCUCGGCCGCCGUCCCUCGUCGUGACGUCAAUCGUCGUCGCAGACGCACGACCAACACCGCUGACGAAGAGGUGUCAAUGGCACGUGAACACCAACAUAAGCGGCAGCAGCAGCAGCAACACCACCAGCAGCAGCAGCAACAGCAGCAGCAACACGAACACUUGCCCGGUUCUAGUCCAGUGAAGAGCAUGCGCUGCACGGGAGCGGGAGCAACAUCGCUAGCUGGACAGCCUUUGAUGGCUCUGUUAAUUGGCCUGCUGCUACUGGAUCUUCGCCUGGCGGCGGCUGGCACCUGCUGGCAAAAUCACCUGGGCAGCGGCAAGUGCGGCCAGGUCUUCUCCACGAACAUCACCCGGUCCGAGUGCUGUGGCUCCAGCCAGAGCUUCUCCUUUACGGAUCGAGAGCUGAGCAGUGUGGAGUACUUCUUUGCCACGGCCAUAGGUGGCGGCGUAGAGUGCUCGCCCUGCAUGGAGAGCUGCAAGGGCUUCAAAUGUGGGCCAAAUAAAAAGUGUGUGAAGCGCAAAGGUCGACCCAAGUGCGUCUGUGCUCCCGAAUGCGGAGCGGCUUUGCGUCGCAAGCAGCAGCCUGGAAUGCCGCCCCGCGAUUCCCGUAGUCUAAGUAGUGAAAAUUCCAACACCAAUUUAGGUUUAGACGGCAGCCAACGCCAACACAUUGCUGAUAACCAAAGAAAGCUGCAGCAGCAACAUCAAAAUCAAGUGGCGAGUCCCAGUCCGACUCCGAGUCCCAGGCACCGUCGCCUUUUGAUUAUAGACAGCAGCAAUUUGCCAGAUCGCUCCAGAUCACGCGGAGGCGUCGUCACUGCCGGCCGGGUGGAGAUGACGGGCUACGAGAGGCGCAGACAGAGGAACAGCCAUGGCAACGGCAAACACUUAACAAGAUCAAUGACGACAGGAGCCAAUGACUCGUCCAAACCAGCAGACAAGACGCCUGCGCAGUCAGUCGCAGUCGCAGUCCCAAUGGCUCCAGUGGAAGCUCUAACUCAGCCUCCGUCUAGACGCAACUUGGCGAAUGCUAAUGAACCCGCCAACGACAUUAAUAGACAGUCGGAUAAUGCCCGCCUCAGACACCAGCACAACGGCAGACGCAUGGAGCUGCACGCUCCACAUCCAGACAAUGGGCACAGGGACAGAGACAGGGACAGGGACAGGGACAGGGGGCAGAGGCACAGGCUUCGUCUCCGGCACAAGGAUGCUUAUCCAGAAGUCGAGGCGAAUUCAACCACCGGUGGUGCCACCAGCACAGUGGUGUCUGGGUCGAGGUUUCGCCUGCAACACGGAAGUGAAACGGCUGCGUCAUCGGACUUUGCUAAUGCCCAUGACUUGGCCUUUUUGGGCGGCAUCUACGAGCACUCCUCCAGUCUAAGUCUGAGUCCCAAUAGCAACAGCAAUCCGGUUUGCGGCAGCGACGGACGCACCUACAACACCGAAUGCCAGCUGCGCAAGCGCGCCUGCCGCACCAACAACGCCCAACUGGAGGUCGCCUAUCGGGGCCACUGCAAGACUAGCUGCCACGGUGUCCAGUGCCUCGAUGGUUUAUCCUGUGUGGAGGAUCAGUACAUGAUGCCCCACUGCAUUGCCUGCCAGAUUGAUUGUCCCUGGGAUGGCCUGGAUCUGGAUCUGGAUGCGAAUUCAAGUGGCUACGACGAAAGGCAGGCGGUUUGCGGUGUGGAUGGGAAGACAUACAGGAGCGCGUGUGAUAUAAAUCGAAUGAUUUGCCAAAUUGGACGCUCCAUUGCCGUGGCAUAUCCGGGACCCUGUCGAGCGGGCCGCGUGAGCUGUGCGGACAUCAAGUGUGGACCGAAGGACAACUGCCUGGUGGAUCUGCAGACGGGCCUGCCGCGAUGCGUGUCCUGUCGCCACAAGUGCUCGCGGAAGCAGCAGCGACCGGUGCACAAAAUAUGUGGCUUUAAUAACCGCACAUACAACUCCUGGUGCGAGAUGCAGAGGCACUCCUGUGACUCCCGCUACUUCAUCGGCGUCAAGUCCGCGGGUAGCUGCUAGAGGAAGUCCACAUCA